GCCUUCUUGAGGCCCUUGAAGUUUUAGAGACCGACGACGGACUUUGGGAUUUUCAAGAUCCUAAGCAACAGAGUUUAGCUGGUUAGACGUCAUUUUUCGUGAGACGACUAGUUGGAUAAUAUCGCACUCUUCCUAGAGAUGAAGCCCAGCUUCAAUGGCGUACCUGGGAGCCCCUUCUCUACCAAAGACCCCCUCCCCCCAGUUCUCUACAAUCCCUGGGUUAUACCCUUUCAAAACUCAUCGAGCCAGGAAAACACCUUUUCACCAAAGGAUGAAGAGACAGCUAAUUCUACGGAAUCUCUGAUUGCUGGCCAGGAAGCGAGUGGUGGAGAUGACGCUAAGGCGUCACCGGUGCUAGAAAGUCAACCUUUCUUUACCAAGUACACGUUUUCUCCAGACUCAAGCCCGCUGGUGACGCGCAGGUACCUAGAGAUGAGUCAGGCUUCUAAUGAAUUCAAGAUUCCACGGUAUAAGUUCAUCACUGAGGAUCAAGCUAAGAGAUGUAAAGACAAGACGGCAAGAGAAACCUAUGCUCAAAGUCAAAGAAGCGAUGAACUAAGUGGGCCUAUUAAAGACCAAAAGAAGAAAAUCAAGGACGCUGAGUUACCACUGAACUCCUUUACAGGAUUUCAAUGUGAUCCAAGACUCACAACUACUUCCUGUGUGGAUGUCGCUCAUGCUCAGAGAUUCAACCCGUUUAAUAUGUGGCAGCCAGACCUUUACGAUGGUCGCCAAGGCUUGAAGCCCGGGGCCUCGUACUCUCCGGACGCUUACGUCUCUUCAGACACAACAAGCCAAGACACCAACGAGAAGGCACCCAUGCACUACGGGCAUGCGAACGCGAACGGUUCAACAGAAACCUACGUCAUUCAAAAACCAACAACAAGUGUAACGGCACCUUACCCAUCCGGGGCCAUGGGGAUGCAACGGCAAAUACCAUUUCUACCGUACCCGCUAUACAAUGGAGUCCUUGAUCCUUACACAGCGGCCGUACAUGGAGUCAUCCCAACCCUCCCAAAUCAUCCAUUGGGGCCUAAUCCAUAUUACUGGAUGAGAGACUCUAAUCCAGCACAGAUCGCCUCAAUGCACCCUACUGCCAUCCGCCCUAAGCCAAUGCUGGAUGUACAUUCCUACUCCAGUCAAGGGUGUGGUUACAUGUGGGCGUACCCCAGCGUCACGGCCAUGUUCCGGGCGGCCAAACUCAUCCCCUUUUCUAAUGGAGAGGAGUACGAGAUAUGUAACCCGCCCACGGAGUAUAAGAGAUACGACAGUUUGAGUACUGAGGUGCACAUGGGAUCAUCAUUCGACCACAAGCAGAGGUAUCAUCCUCUUACCCACCCGGCCGACCCUCAAUACUAUACCGCGGAGCAUACCUUGGCUAACGGCUUUACGCCAAUAACCAAUGGUCAGAUGGAAAACGGAGGAUACAGCUCUGAAGUGGGCGAGGCAGUGGUUGACGGUAGAAUACUGGGCGAUGGUCUUCCGAUUCAGACUGUCGACGUGGAUGAAAUUGUAGAUGUUGUGGGAAGUUCACGUGCACCUUCUGAGACCAUGGAAAGUGCACCGCCUGUAAAGCCUUCGUCUGUGCAUUCAGAAUCAAACCGAGAGAAUAUCUGCGGUGUAUGCGGUAAGAAGUAUGCGCGCGCAUUCACACUCAAAACCCACCAAAGAGUACAUACUGGAGAAAAGCCAUUCAAGUGUCCUAUAUGCGGGCGGCCUUUUGCACAGUCAAGCGGUCUGGAGUCACACAAACGCGUCCACACUGGACAGAAGCCUUACAAGUGCGAGGUAUGCGAACGCGGUUUCUCUCAUUCUUCAGCGGUAAAGAACCACAUGCGCACGCACACAGGAGAGAAGCCCUUUCAGUGCCCCAUUUGCAACAAGAAAUUCGCUGAUCAAUCAACGGUCAAAAAGCACGAGCGUACACACACCGGCAUCAAGCCGUUCACGUGCCCCGAGUGCGGGCUCAAGUUCACGCAGAUCGGUAACAUGAACAAGCACUUGAGGAAAAAGCAUGAGGCCAAGGAUGCCCUCAAAGAAAAAUAAACACUAAAACACAUAGGAACUCUCGUUGACGUUUUUAGCUGUUGCGUUUGUAAAGCGUCUUUAAAUUCGGGAUUUUCUUUUAAUUACCCGGAGGGCAAGGUAAUAUUUUACACGCAGUUGUAUUUUGCAAGCACAUUUCUUUGGUGUAAAUAGUUGUAAACAAAAAAGAUUAAAGAUUGAGUUUUUAAAAAUGCA